GAGCUCAUAGCUAAGAACCGGAAUCAAAAUCAGAUCGGGCGCGCAUAGAAUGGAGAAGAAGCAAACCAAACCAAUGGAGUUGUUGAACGAGGUGGUAACAGAGCCAUACCACCUCCUCCACUUCUUGGCUUUCUUCUCUUACUUUGUAGUUCGCACUUCCGCUGCUCCAAUCCUCUCUCCCCACAUCACCUCCCGGCUUUUUCUCCGAGAAAUCCAAGCCGCUUUGGCCUUGGGUGUCUUCGCUGCCUUUAAGAUAGUGAGGGAAGAAAACUGGGAGGCUUUUAUUUCGGAUGUUCUCUUCUUUGCAAAGAUUUUUCUUCUUGCACUUACUUUGAUAAUGGAUUACCACUUGACUCUCUGGUACGCAGUGAUCUUCGCAGUGAUAUAUAUCUUCACACAACAGCCGGCUUUUAAAAAACUAGGCACUGCUAGUAAAAUAACACCAUUGCAGCUAGAAAGCUUGCUGACUGAAGGGAGCACAUCAAAGCUGUGGCUGGUGGAGUUUCGCUCUUCAUAUUCACCCGCUUGCAUACGCUCAAGUCGGUGCUUUCCUGAGCUUUCUAUCACAUACUCAAACAAAAGCUUUUCUUUUGGAAUAGUUGACCUUGGUCUCUUCCCAAAUGCUGCAGAGUAUUUUGGAAUAUCACUCUCUGGAAGCAUGAGUCAACUUCCUACAUAUAUAUUAUUCUCACAUGGAUCUGAAGUUUCUCGCUAUCCGGAGUUGGAUGCUGAAUCAAAAGGUUCUCAUUCACCCAUAACUAAGAGAUUCCUUUCGCAGUACUUCAAGCUCGACCUGCUACUUCUCGAUUACAUAAAUGGUAAAUAAGUAUCUGACAUUCUGUAUACUUUGCAGUGUCAGUCCCUCCAAUUUUGGUUCAUCAUUGUAUGAUUAUACAUGGUUUGAGAUGUAAGGAACAUGUUUUCCUGA